AUGACAGGCCAAAACGACCCUUUUGGUGGACGUGCGCAGCACACACAACAAAGUCCUUUCCAGAACCAUGGUGUGCAGUCAAGUCCGUUUGGAAUGGGCGUGUCUGCAGCGGGCAAGAACCGUAGCCAGCAUACAGGACCGAUACCUCCGGUGGCGGAGACUCAGGUACAGGCGCCACCGGUGAUAGCUCCUCCACCAAUGGCAGCAGCCCAUGUGGAGAGUAAGCAUGAUGUAGAGGGUGAGAAGGUAUUGAAGGGUAGUCUUCCAGGCCAAGUUUUCCACGACAAUUUGACCUUCACUGGGCAUAGUACUACGUCUGUGGUUAGCAACUUUACAGAGGGGAAGACGGAGGCGGAAUUGAUGGAGAGUAUAAAGCCCAUGAACACGCCAUCGCAUUUUAUCCGAAGUUCGGUGAAAGUAUUACCAUCAAGUGCGACUUUACAACAAAAAACACAUAUCCCCUUGGCUAUUGUUGUACGGCCUAUGGCGCCUCUAUCUGAUGCUGAUACUGAGAUCCCAUUAGUAAACUGCAGUUCAGACACCAUCACACGUUGUACUAGAUGUAGGACCUACAUCAACCCUUUUGUGCAGUUUGAUGGAUCGCGUCGUUACUGGACAUGUAACGUUUGCGGUGUUUCUAACGAGACCCCAGCGCGUUAUGUAAACUUGCCUAUUGGUGGUAUGGAUGAAUCUUUACCUCCGGAGUUGCGCACUGGUGUCGUUGAGUACAUGGCUUCUGCUGACUACAUGGUACGACCACCUCAGGCUCCGACUAUCAUGUUUUUAAUUGACGUAUCAAUUUCGUCAGUUAACAGUGGUAUGUUAGAGGUUGUAUGUCAAACAAUUUCUGACCUGAUUAAGAACCGUCAGUUACCAGGUGGUCCGCGUACAAUGGUUGGUAUAAUGACGUACGACACUUCAGUCCACUUUUACCAAAUGACUAGUGGUUUUAGUACCCCCAAUAUAUUGGUAAUGUCUGACCUUGAGGAUUUAUUUUUGCCUUUACCUGGUGACCUUCUUUUGAACGUUUGGGAGUCAGAGUCUGAGCUUUUGAACCUUCUAUCAUUGCUUCCAUCUACGUGGAAGAACGCGAAUGUGGCUGGUAGUUGUGUUGGUAGUGCUUUGAGAGCAGCUCAUUUUGCUAUGAAACACAUAGGAGGUAAGAUGUGUGUUUUUAUGUCAUCUCCAAGUUAUUUCGGCGAUUUUUCUUUGAAUUCGAAUGCUUUAAGCCAGUCUAAAUCAGGUUCUGCUAACCUGCAGCCUGUUGAGAAGUGCAAGGAUUAUGCUACCAUGGUAUCUCAGACACAGGUGUCUAUAGAGAUGUUUGUGUGCACUCCUCAGAGUGUGAACUUGAAUGCGUUGUAUCAUUUGUCAACCCUUACGGCAGGUAAUGUGCAUCAUAUCCCUCUCCGUACUCAUGUGGGUACUGCAAAAUUGGGAGAGGAGCUUCGCCGCGUGUUGACCCGUGAGACUGGUUGGGAGGCCGUUAUGCGUAUUCGUGCCAGCAAGGGUUGGAAGAUAACUCAUUGGUUUGGUCAUUGUUAUAUUCGUGGUUCAGAUUUGAUGGUUUUACCCAACUGUCAUUCUGACCAGACAUUUACCGUGACAUUUGAGCAUGAGGAGAAUGUGGUAACAUCGAAGGUUGCGUAUUUCCAAGCUGCGCUUUUGCAUACUACCUCUUUGGGUGAGCGUCGUAUCCGUGUAAGUACGUAUGCUAUCCCUGUUAGUGACAAUGCUGCUGAGAUAUUGUUAUCUGUUGAUCCGGAGGCUACUAUGGUUGCGGCGGCUCAGCUUGCGAUAUCCACAGCUAUAGGAGGGAAGCUUAGCGAUGCGCGUACCCAGCUGCAGACGUUGUGUAGCCGGAUAUCGAACACGAUGUCGAGUAUAACUACUUUGCAGGAUGUGAUAGCUAAGAUGGUUGUGUACAUGUUGGGUCUUUUGAAAUCGCCAUGUUUCAGUGAGGGUAAUAUCCCUGCGGAUACCCGUGUAUACCACUGGAUGCGUAUGAUGUCUCUGCCUAUCGGUGAGAUCUCGGCGUAUUGUUAUCCUCGUUUGAUGUGUGUUAGUGAUUUGGGUAUCGAUUACAAUGACAAGGGCGUUUCAUCGCUUCCUCCUGCAUUGAAUUUGACUCAUUCAUGUCUGAGUCAAGAGUCUGCGUAUCUGUUGGAGAAUGGCGAGUGUAUGAUCCUUUGGGUAGGUAAGGGUGUAUCUCCUCAGUGGUUACAGUCGGUGUUUGAUGUCACAUCGUUGGAUGCUUUGAACUGUGAUUUGGCAGAAUCAUUUAUGUUGAGUUCUAAGAGUCCUGCUGCGGUGCGUCUUUCACUUUUGUUGCGCACACUACGUUCUCUGCGCAGUCGUUACAUGCAAUUAUACAUCACCAAGCAAGGUGAUGAGUCUGAGAUGAAGUUUUUCUCUUGCUUAAUAGAGGAUAAGACCCCUGGUAUGAUGUUGACCCUUAAUGAGUUUGUCAAUGCCAUAACAUUACGGGCUCCUUUCAAUUUCAAGCCAUCCGUGCAAUAG